CCCGGUCCGUCACCGGAUGCUCCCGCCCGGCGCCGCCGCCGCUUCCUGCGGGCCCGCUGCGGCCCCGGGAGCCGCGGGGAGCCCCGGCAGCUCCGGGAGCCCCGCAGCGCGGCCCCGCCAUGUGGCUCUUCUCCCGGGACCCGGUGCGGGAUUUCCCCUUCGAGCUGGGCCCGCCCGACGCCGAUCCCGACGCGGAGCCGCCCCCGGACCCCGCGGCCCCGGCCCCGCUCUGGCGGCUGCUGCGGGGGCGCCGCAAGGCCGAUGGCGCUCCGGUGUCGGUGUUCGCGCACAGCCUGGGCCCGGGCGGUGACCCCGGUGCCACCGCGCUGGCCCGGGCGGGGCUGAAGCGGCUCCGCAGCCUCCGGCACCCCAACGUCCUGGGCUACCUGGACAGCCUGGAGACGGAGCAGUGCCUGUACCUGGUGACAGAGGCCGUGACCCCCCUGCGGCGGCACCUGCGGCUGCACCCCCCGAGCGGGGACUCGGGCGAGCAGGAGGUGGCCUGGGGGCUGCAGCGGCUGCUGACGGCACUGGCGUUCCUGGGGGCCUCGGGGCUCGUCCACCACGCGCUGGGACUCGACGCCGUCUUCGUGGACCCCGGGGGCGAGUGGAAGCUGGGGGGGCUCGAGAGGGUGGCGGCCACCAGCGAGGGGACCCCCACCCGCCCCCCCGGUGACCCCCCCCGGCCCCAGGACCCCCCCGAGCUCAGCGACCCCUCCCGAGGCCAGGGAGACCCCUGGGCAGGGGACAUGUGGCGCCUGGGCUGCCUCAUCUGGGAGGUCUUCAAUGGACCCCUCCCCCGGCCGGGGGCGCUGCGCAGCUUCGGCAAGCUGCCCCCCGGGCUCAUCCCGCCCUUCUCGGAGCUGGUGGCUGCGGAUCCGGGGGCCCGGCCGGGCCCGGGGCCGCUCCUGGAGCGGCUGCAGCGCCCGGGAGCCUUCCUGGCCUGUGCCCUGGUGCGCACCGGGCUCUUCCUCGAGCACUUCCAGGUCCGGGACCCCUCGGAGCGCCGGACGUUCCUGCAGGAGCUGCCCCCUCUCCUGGAGUCCCUCCCGGGGCCCUUCCGGAGGCACAAGCUGCUCCCGAGGCUGCUCGAGGCCCUGGAGCUGGGCAGCGCUGAUGCCAGCGCCCUGCCCCCGCUGCUGCAGGUGGCGAAGGUCCUGGACCCCCCCGAGUACCAGGAGCGAAUCGUCCCCGUCCUCGUGCGGCUCUUCUCGUCCCCCGAGCGGGGCCUGCGCCUGCGCCUGCUGCAGCUGCUCGAGGAGUUCAUUGAGUUCCUGCCUGAGGCCACGGUGGAUUCCCAAAUUUUCCCCCACGUCGCCCACGGGUUCCUGGACUCCAACCCGGCCAUCCGCGAGCAGACGGUCAAGUCCAUGGUGCUGCUGGCGCCCAAGCUGGGGGAGGGGCGCAGGGGGGGGGAGCUGCCCCGGCUGCUGCUGCGGGUGCAGGGGGGGGACGCGCUGGGACCCCUGCGCUGCAACGCCACGCUGUGCCUGGGGCGCCUGGCCCCCCACCUGCCCGCCCAGACCCGCCGGCGGGUGCUGGCCCCCGCCCUGGCCAGGGCCACCCGGGACCCCUUUCCCCCGGCCCGGGCCGCGGCCGUCGCCGCCUUCGCGGCCACCCACGGCUGCUACUCGCCCCCCGAGGUGGCAACCAGGGUGCUGCCCCCCCUGUGCGCCCUCACCGUGGACCCCCCACCCCGGCGUCCGGCGUUCCGGGCCAUCCGCAGCUUCCUGGAGCAGCUGGAGGCGGCGGCCGAGGCUGGGGGGGUCCAGGAGGGGGCCUCCCCCCCGCAGACACCCCCACCUCAGCCGCCAUGCCGGGGGGGGGGCGCGGGGGGGCUGGGGGCGGCCGUGUCCUGGGCUGUCACCGGCGUCACCUCCCUGACGGCGCGGCUGAUGGGGGGCGAGGGGGGGGGCGACCCCCGCACAGCCCCCCCCCCACGCAGGGACCCCCCCCCGCAGACCCCGGUCGAGAGCCCCGCCGCCCCCCCGAAAGAGCCCCCCAGCCAGGAGACCCCCCCCGAGGAGCCCCCCCUGGAAGACACCGAUGGCUGGGACGACGACUGGGGGAGUCUGGAGGACAUGGAGCUGCCCCGGAGCCCCCCCGCCAGCAGCCCGGAGGAAUUGGGGACCCCCCCGCAGCCCCCCGGCCCCACCCCCACAGAGCCCCCCCCCAGCGCCCCUCCCCCAGCCGGGGGGGGUGACGAGGGCGAGGGGGGGUGGGGGGUGGGGGGCGAGUGGGGCACCGAGGACGCCUGGGAGGCGCUGCCCAGCCAGCACGGGCCGCCCCCGGGCCGGCGGCAGCGGGAGCAGCAGCGGCGCCGCGAGCUCGAGGCCAAGCGCCGGGCGGCUCCGCGGGGCCCCGCAAAGCUGGGGGCACGGAAACUCGACUGAGGGCUGGGGAGGGGGUCCCCGAGGAGGGGAAAAGGGGGAAAAUCCCCUUUGGGGUUCGUUUUUUUUUGGUGUGCGGGGAGGGGGAUCGGUAAUAAAAGCC